AUGUUCUCCAGACUCCAGCGUGCUACUUUAUCUAGUGGCACUUCUGGGAGUGCUUCAAGUGGUGUCACUGCUCCUCUUAGCAGUGAACAUUCUGCAUUAGUUGUGAACCAGGGCGGUUAUCAGCCUUCUCGUGGCGGUGGCGGUCGGUUUACUCGUGGUCGUGGUCGUGGUCGUGGCAGAGGUAGAGGCAGAGACUCAAAACUCUGCACUCACUGUGGUCUUACUAAUCACACUGUUAAUUACUGUUGGGAUCUUCAUGGGAAACCACCACUUUUUUCCUAUGCACAUCAAGUAACCUUUAAUGAAGGGGAUUCUUCUUUCUCUGCUACACCAAAUGUUUCACAAGUGGCUGCUCCACAAGUGGCUAUUGAGCCUGCUAUGGUCACCAUGAUAGUUUCCCGCGAUGAGUAUGCUCAGUUUAUGUCUCAACAACGGCCUUCCACCUCAUCUUCCAUGGUUUCCUUUGCCCAAUCAGGUAGUGCACCUGCAUGUCUCUUAUCCUCUCGUCAGAGUCCCUGGAUUCUUGACUCUAGCGCAUCCGAUCACACGACUGGUAGUUCUCAUCUCUUAUCUGAUUUUCAAUCUGUUUCUUCAUCACAAAGUGUUACUCUUGCUAAUAGCUCCUCCACUAAAGUUUUGGGUGUGGGAACCACCCAACUCACGUCCUCCAUGUCCCUUUCCUCUCAUCUCAAGACGAUGAAGAAGAUUGGUACGGGACAUGAAGUAGGUGGCUUGUAUUACUUUGAUAUUGGGCCAACUCCCACGGCUCUUCAAUCAUCUUUGUCUCCUUUCCAAUGGCACUGUCGUCUCGGCCACCCAUCCUUAUCAGUUUUGCAGCGUCAAGUCCCCAGUCUUAGUCUUAGUCGUGUUGAGUCCAUGCCUUGUGAAGCAUCGCUACCUAUGCCAACUGUUUCCUCUCUGCUUCCUGCUUCCCCACUUCCUCGCUCUGUUGUCCCCUCGCAGGUUUAUACUCGACGCCAUCGACCGCCUACUUCGCUCCCUCCAUCUCCUUCAGAGUCUUCGGAUCCGACGCCUUUACCUGAUGAUUUACCCAUUGCUCUCCGUAAAGGUAUUCGGUCGUGUGUUACUGCACAUCCCAUUUCUAACUUUGUCUCCUACCAUAAUAUUUCCUCCUCUUUAUCUUGUUUUUUAUCCAAAAUGUCUGCUACGUUUGUUCCUAAGACUUUCCAGGAUGCUCUUUCUAAUUUGGAUUGGCGUAACGCCAUGGUAAAUGAAAUGGAUGCCCUGCACCGUAAUCGGACUUGGGAUCUUGUUCCCUUACCUCCGGGCUCCAAAACGGUUGGUUGUAAGCGGGUUUAUACUGUUAAAUACCUUCACGAUGGGUCUAUUGAGCGGUUGAAGGCUCGUCUGGUGGCAAAAGGGUACACUCAGACUUAUGGUAUAGACUACAAUGAGACCUUUUCUCCUGUUGCUAAGAUUUCUUCUAUUCGGACAGGCGAUCUACUACAGGCUACUGUACAUUUGUAG